AUGAGUACAAACAUUAAGGACCUCAUAAAACAAGAGAAGGAAAGAAGGAAAUUACUAAGAGAGGAAAGGAAAAAAACGGAAAAGGUGAUAAAAGACCAUGAAGAGAAAAGAGAAAAGGAAAACGAUGGAGGAGGUCAUCAUUUGGUCCCGAAGAAGUUGACGGUACGAGUGGAAGAUCGUUCAUGUUUGAAUGAUAGUACAGAUAAUCAUGACACCAAAGGUCCACACGGGGACAAGCUGUUUUUGAAAAUUCAAAAUAAUUAUGAACAUAGUGUGGUAACAGAGGAUUUUAAUCAUACAGAAGGAUUUGAUCAAGUGGAAGAAAGUGAUGCUUCAUCCCGUGUGACAAAGAAUGCUGAAUAUGGGGAAUUGAAAAAAAGUUGUUAUAAUAAAAUUCCCAAAAUGGUACAUUUCAGCGAACCUCUUGCACCGUUAAACAGGCUAAAUAAAAACAACAAUUUUAAGGAUGCCUUUUUAGACUAUAGGAAUGAAAAGAAUAGUGAAUAUUCAGAUGUCACUUCAAAAUAUGAGCAUGACAAUAAGCAAGACAAGGUGGAGGACUUACCUGCAGAUUUUUUCGACAUCCAACUGUCAUCCAAUCCUAGCAACAGUGAAAGGAAUAAUGAAAAAAGUAGUACCUCCCCCCUUGUGAAAACAUUUGGCGAGAGGAGAAAAAAAAGCAACGAAUUUGAAGCGUUGAAAGAAGAGGAAUGUUCUAGUAUGAUUAACGUUCAAUAUAAAUUAAAUGAAGAGAACACGAUGUAUGAUAAGUCUGCAUCAUCAUCACAAUUUAUAGAAGAAAUAGGAUUUAUGGAUAAACAAAACGAAAAGGAAUUUCAUAAGAAUAAUGAAACAGAUGUUGAAGUAAUAGAAACAUAUGAAAUUAUUGAGAAUGUUAUUGAUAGUACAGAAAUUAUAGAGAAUGAAAAAUUCCAGAAGAAAAUAAAAAAAAAAAGGAAAAUGUUACAAGGUGAGGAAUAUCAAGUGGAAGGAAGAGAAAACGAUGAGGAGGAUAUAUACCAAAACAGGGAUAUAAUUCAUAGAAGUGGAGAUGGUACAGACACAGAGGAAGAACAGAACAGUAAUCAUGUUAUGAAUAUUAUAAAUACGAAUUUGGAUGACUUAACAAAUUAUAAAAUGCUUGACACUGCGUACUUUGAAGAAUUGGAUUACCUACACAAAAUUUUGGUGGAGAAAAAAAAAUACAUUUUAGGAGAUUCAUACAAUGAUGAGAAGGAGGAAAAUGAAGAGAUGGAAAUGGAAAUACUCGAAGAAUUAAAUGAAUUUCAUAAAAAGAAAAAAAAAAUUGAAAAUAGAGGCGAUGACAAAAGUGAGAAUGACAAUAAUUUCAACAUAGACGAAAUUUAUGAGCUAUUAAAUUUGAAAAGGGGUCAAAUAAAAAACGAGGGACCAAGUGCACACCCCAAUACACCAAAUGUUAAACGUAUAGAAGAAUAUCCUAACAACGGAAAAAAGACAAAUGAAUAUGAAAAUCUUCCCAGAGGAUUUUUUGAUGAUAAAGAAAAAGAUAUACUUGUAAGAGAAAAUAUUUCCUUACACAAGAUUAAUCAAAAAAUUGGAGAAAUUAAAAAACAGAAAAAAAAUAUCUUGUUAGAAUAUAAAACAUUGGAAAGCGUUUACGAGGAGAAGAAAAACAACUACAUCGAUUAUUUAUAUGAUGAUAAGUUUGAUGACAAAGAACAUAUUUUGAAUGAAAUUAAAAUAAAGUCAGCAAAUUUGCAAAAUCUAAAGAAAAGUUUUGGCUCCAGGGGUCUAGAUGGGGAAUCAGAAACGGAUUCACAAAAAGGUAUUCAAAGGGUUAAAAAAAAAAAAAAAAAAAAAAACAGUAUACGAAAAAAAUCGAAUAAGUAUCAACUUUAUGACGAGCAUGGGGAUAUUUUCGAUUGGAAGAAGAAAAGUCCUUUUUAA